AUGGGGAAGACUGCUGACUUGACAGACAUCCAGAAGACGGUCAUUGAGACCCUGCACAUGGAGGCAAUGGCUGCACUGUUUGUGAAAGAUCUUCACCCUGAAGUAUCAGAGGUGAUACUUUCUAAUAGAUUUAGACCUUCAGGACACGUCCAAUCUGUCCACAUUUGCAGGGACAGGAAGACCGGCUCUCCUCUCGGAUACGCGUACGUCAACUUUCGCUAUCGAGAUGACGCUGAGAGAGCCAUCGAUAUGUUCAAUUUUGAACUCCUCCUGGAGAGACCCAUGCGUGUCAUGUGGUCAAACUGGGAACCCACCGCCAAGCCCAUCAAGGGAGGGAACAUAUUCAUCAGGAACCUUGAUUGGUCCAUUGACUGCACCUCCCUGUUUGACACUUUCUCUGUGUUCGGGAGGAUCGUGUCAUGCAAGGUUGUGGAAUCAAAAGGUUAUGGGUACGUUCAGUACGAGUCAGCGGAGGCGGCGGAACGGCUGAACGGAAAACUCCUGAACGACCGCAAAGUCACCAUCGAGUACUUCAGGUCUUGGGAGGAGCGCAAGGUGGUGGUGCGCAAGGUGGAGGUGCGCAGGGCAGAGGAGAACAAGGUGGAGGCACGCAAGGCCGAGGAGGCCAAGGUGGAGGUGCUCAGGGCCGAGGAACCCAAGGUGGAGAAAGUGCCUGCAGAGAGCACCGAGCAUUGUGCAACACUGCACAAUGUACCACCAAAACUGCUCCAACCAGUGCUGCCUCCCUGGUUUGAAAGGAACACCCCGGCUGUUGAGACACCUUGUGCAAAGGACACUGUCCAAACCGCCGAGGCAUCUGCUUCAGAGGACAUUGUCAACACUGCUGCCUCACAGAAUGUCCGUCCCGCCGAGUCCCCUGCCCCAGUAGACAAGCUUCCUCGGUGGAAACUGUGGAAGUAG